AUCAGACUAGUGUCUGUUAAAUCGGAUGUCUCUUUAUCAACGAAUCCGGUGUCACCAGAAAUCCCGUCGUGUCCCACCGAGUGGUUUGGACUCAUGUUAUUCUUGUCGGCCAUUGUGAUAGAUUAACUACAACUGAAAAGAGCCCCACGUUGGGCGCCAAAUGCAACUUUCCGGGACGUUCCCUAAGCGGAGCUUGUGGGACACGGCCGGUAGUGGAUACGGACUCGGAUCCGAUACUGGACCAGAGCCGCGUCGGGGGAACCAGACCCGGGUCAACUCACAGUUGGACCAAGGCUGUCUGUGGAGAUGUGGGCAGAUUGGGCCGAAUGGCUGCCGAACUCGGAUGGAAACGAUGCUCCACCAGAGUCGUAUAGCCCCUCCAGAGCAGGGAGCACUUAUGCACUCCGUGCCUGUCUAUUCAGACUCGGGUGGGGAACGGGUGAAAAGAAAACCAAAAACAGCGGCCAAAUAGAAUGAUCAAACAAAGAAAAAUCAAAACAAUUACUAUUUAAAGAAAAAACAAGAAGUCUGAUGACACUGGUUUUUACAAAAGUGUUCUCUUUGGCAAAUUUGUACCGAUUGUACGGCGGAAACUAAACGAAAAUUAUUAAUUAAAUUCUUAAUCUGCCCUGAGCUAACUUAUUUAACUAUCUUUACUAUUUAAGCGGCCUUUGCCAAUACUUUAAGAUGUGUGGGUGAUAACCCCGAAUUGAUAUCGCGGUGCUAACAAACAAAAGGUUGUUGGCGCGAUGCCGUAAUGAAAUAAGGUUAUCUGAGAGAUUGGUUCGCUAGCUAAUUUGAACGGUGAAGUUGCGCCGGUGUCGACUCGCAGCUGACCGCUGGUAGAGCAACCUCGUUCCCGGUUGGUGGCUGCCUUUUAUACCCUAGAUUUCGC